AUGACAUGGCCAUUCUUUGAGGAGCUAUUUUUGGGGAAGUAUUUCGCAUAUGAUGCGACAAAGCGCAAGCAGGGAGAGUUCGAGCGUCUGGUACAGGGCUCGAUGAUUGUGGAUGAGUAUUUAGCUAAAUUCAAUGAAUUAGCCAAGUUUGCUCAUUUUCGGAUGGUGAUGCCGACACCGAUGUUUCUAGCUUCUAAAUUUCGUAAAGGUCUUAGUGAGGAAAUAGCAGAGAGGAUUGCGGGAGCAGCAUCCAGAGACUUUGGCACCUUGAUUCAGCAGUGUCGUGACAUUGAGAAUGUUUGUGUGGUUGGCAAGGCCAAAAAGGCCAAGGUGUCUGAGGAGAAAGAAGCGGGCGCUUCUACGAAUGAUGGAUAUAGGAGAUUUGAUGGCAGGAGAAAAGGCAAAGGUCUUCAUGUAAAAAAAUCAUAUCAGCAGUUCCAGAGGACUACUACUCAGGCAAGCAACUUUGCUAGACCUUCGACUAUUCCGAAGUGUGCUAGUUGCGGGAAAUCACAUAUGGGACCCUGUGCUACGGGGAAGAUUAUUUGUUUCAAGUGUGGCAAUGAGGGCCACUAUUCCAGAGAUUGCUUUAAACGUGUCGCUAGUGCUGCGGUUACUCAUGUGGCACCACUCCAGAUGAUUCCUGCACCAUUAGGGACCGAUCGAGUUUAUACCCCUGACCAUCAGCAGUUGGACCGAGCUCUGAAUCUUAUGAGAGAUAUAAUUCACGUUGGGGAUACGUUAGUGAUGUAUUGUUUGAAUUAA